AUAGGUCCUCACUUUAAAUAGCCACGUGGACUUAGCUUUUAGGCUUUUAACGCAUGCGCACUACUGUCACCUUCUUUCUUACACUGAAUCCAGCAUGGGAAAACCUCGUGGAUUAGGAACGGGACGUAAACUGCGUAUCCAUCGCCGGGAGCAGAAAUGGCAUAACAAGGUAUACAAGAAGAAGCAUCUUGGGACGGCACUUAAAGCCAACCCCUUCGGAGGUGCCUCCCACGCAAAGGGAAUCGUACUCGAGAAAGUUGGAGUGGAGGCCAAACAGCCUAACUCAGCUAUUCGUAAAUGCAUCCGUGUCCAACUAAUCAAGAAUGGUAAGAAGAUCACGGCCUUUGUACCUAACGAUGGUUGUCUCAACUACAUCGAGGAAAAUGACGAAGUCUUGAUUGCUGGGUUCGGGCGUAAAGGUCACGCUGUCGGAGAUAUCCCCGGUGUUCGUUUCAAGGUUGUGAAGGUGGCCAACGUGUCGCUGUGGGCUCUGUACUCUGGCAAGAAGGAGAGACCAAGAUCAUAAGAACACUCUCUGUGCAUGUGUCUUGUCUUUAUUGAUUGAUUGCUCUGCACUUUGUAGUGGCAUUUUUCACAAUGAUUAUCUUGUUGCAAUUUAACAA